AUGAAUGAUUCAUAUGAUAUUCCGAGUGAGCCUCGUCUCUCAAAUACUCUUCAACUUAGUCGACCACCACCACAAUCAAGAACAAGAAUGAAACAAAAAAUGAAAUUACCAUCAACACCUUCUGAAAUAACACCUAUUUUUCUUGGUCUUGAUGAUACUGUACCACUCGAUGAUUCAACUAAUGAAACAAAUUCAAAUAUUUAUUUAACUCCACAAUUAAUUCAAAAUUCUAUACCAUAUGUAAAUCAAUUAUGUUCAUCAAAUAAUUUAAUAAAUGAUGAUUUUUAUGUAAUGCCUCGUCAAGAAAAUCUUUCUUCAUGUGAUACAUAUAAAACUUUAGUAACUUCUACUCAAAAUGAUUAUCCUUCCACAUCAUUAAAUUCAUUUGAAACUGCUCAAAUUUAUUCAACACCACCAACAUUUUCGAAAAAUUUUGUUCUCGAAUCAAAUUUAUCAUUUGAUGAUAGUCAAGAUGUUCCAAAUAUUUCACUUGAUUCUGUACCUGAUUUAAUUAAUGAUAUUUCAACAACAAAUGAUAUUUAUUAUUCGUAUCCUGAACAACAAGUCACGACGCAACGUACAAAACUUAUAAAUAAUAAUGAAAAUAAAGAUUUAUUUAUUUCAAAAUUAAGUCAAGUUAUUAAACAACAAGCUGCUCAACGACAUCCAAUUUCAACAUUAAUAAAAAAAGAUGAAACAAAAAAUUAUUAUUCAGUAGAACCAAUAGAAGAUAAACAACCAAUGGUUUCAUUAUCACUUGAUGAAUUUGUUCAUACAUCAAUACAAAAUGAUAAUGUUUCAACUUCAUCAGAUAAAACAGCUGAUUGUAUUGAUAUUGUUCGACAAAAUAUGAGUAAUUGUCGAUGUGCUGAUUGUGAUGGUGAAAAUCCAACAAUUGCUAUUAUCUCUUGGCUUUUAGUUAUAUGUAAAAAAUGUGCUGCUAUUCAUCAACUUUUAACAUCCGAUUUUCUUCGUUUACAAUCACUUAUAACAACAUCAUGUGAUUCUGAUUUAAUUGAUUUAUUACAUGAUUAUGGAAAUGAAUAUUCAAAUAAAUUAUUAGAAAAUAAUUCAUUAGGUAUAUUAAAACCAAAUAAUGCAUCAACACAAAUUGAACGUGAACAGUAUAUAAGAAAAAAAUAUUUAGAUAAAAUUUAUCUUCAACCAUUAGAAAUAAAUAAUAAAACUAAUUUUACACAAGAACAACUUAAUGAAAUGUUAUAUGAAAAUGUUGAAACAUCUGAUUGUCGAAAAACAAUACAUUUAAUUAUGUUAGGAGCAAAUCCAAAUUAUUCACAAAAAAUGUUUGCUGUUGCUGAUCAUGCAAAACGACAUCAACAAAUUAAACAAAUGAAAAUUAUAUUAGCUAAUGGAGGUUUAUCUGAAUUUGAUCUUAUGAAAACAAAUACAGACGAUAUAAAUCUUCCACCAUAUGAAAAAACUAUACAUUUAGUAACAAAACAUGGAAUAUUAAAAGAAUUUUUAACACGUUAUGAAACCGAUCGUAUUAAAAUUUAUUCAAUAACAAAUACAUUUAUUAAACAUGAACCACAAAAUGCUCGUUAUUUAUUUGAAAUUGAUUUAAAUAAUGUUCUUGCUAUAUGUAAUCAAUCAGUUAAUUCUAUAUCAUUAAAAUCACGUUCAACAAAUAUUCCAACAAUAAAUACAAAUAGUCAAUGUACAUUAAUUGUUGAUGAACAAACAUCAUUUAAUGAAUAUGUAUGGAUAUUUCCAAAUGAACUUGAACGUGCUUUAUGGAUACGUGAAUUAUUAAAACGACAAUAUUCAUAUCAUCAAUUAAUUUAUUCAGAUUUUAUUUUAUUAACUAAAUUAAAUGUACAAGAAGGUAUUAAUGCUGAAAAACAACAAGUUAUUGCAGUUGUUUAUCCUGGAAGAUUUGUUAUAUGUUCAGAUACAAUAUUUGAUGAAGUUGAUUUAAGAAAAUAUUGUAGUUUAACAUAUCAAAAAAGUGAAGAAUUUACAGGUGUUGUUCUUUGUCUUGUUUCAAAUCGUUUUCUUUAUUUAUCAUCACCAAUAUCAAAAUUAACUGAUAUGUUAUAUUCAUGUCUUCGUGAAGCAACUAAAGUUAAAACAUUAACUGAUUUAAAUUGUCAAAUAUUAACAACACAAAAUGUACCUGUGAUUGUUGAAAGAUUUAUUAAUUUUAUUUUUGAACAUGGUUUAGAAAGUAAAGGCAUUUAUCGUCAAGCUGGACAAGAAACAAAAAUAAAACAAUUAUUAAAUGAAUUUCUUGAGGAUCCAUUUAAUAAUUUAUUAACACGUGAAAAUUAUACUGAACAUGAUGUAGCUAAUGGUUUAAAACGUUUUUUACGUCAAUUAGAAAUUCCAUUAUUAGGUAAACGUCAAAAUUAUGAUGCAUGGUUACGUUCAACAGUUGAUUCAAAUAUAACAACUGAACAAAUUAUUCAAUAUUAUCGUGGUUUACUUGUUGAUUUAAAACAUAAUUAUCCAAUUCAUUAUGCAACAUUAAGAAAAAUGUUAUUACAUAUUCAAACUGUUUCAAUGUUAUCAAAUCGAAAUGGAAUGACUUUAUCAAAUCUUGUUUCAACAUUUGCACCAUGUAUUAUAUCUCAAGCACCUCCACCACCGCCACCACCUUUUUCAAGUACACAUACAAAUGAACCACGUGAACGUCGUGGAUUAUCAUUAGAUGAUAUUGAUAUGAAAUAUUCAAAAAUUCAAGAAGAUAAUAUUUCAUUAUGUGAUGAUGAAACACAAGAUUCAAUUGGUAUUUUAAUUAAUACUUCAACACCAGCAAAAGUUAAACGAAAUCAAUCACUUCAAUUAUCACCACCAUCACGUUUUUCAUUAUCAUCAUCUUAUGCUCGUGUAACUCCAUCAAUACAAGCUGAUCUUGAAAUAAUGAAUAAUCUUUGUCAAUACUAUUGUGAAUUAUUUGAUGUAACUAAUGAUGAAAUUGAACAUGAAAAAAAAUGUGUUGAAACAUUAAUAUCAUUACGAACAAAUCAAUGUCAACCACGUAAAUUAGAUGGUACAAUGGUUUCAGUUUAUUUUGAAUCACGUGCUGAUGAAUUAAAUGGUUAUGCAAUAAAUAUUUUAGAACAAGAAACAACAGCUAAUCAUGUUAUUGAUAAAUUAUUAAAACAAAUACAUAAACAUGAUUGUUUUUUUUGGGCUUUAUUUGAAGUUAUUAUUGAUCAAAAUCUUGAACGACCAAUGUAUUCAACAGAAAAUAUAUCUAAUGUAUUAAAUCGUUAUCGAACAUAUUUACCAUCAGAAUUAAAUCGACAAGCAACAUUUGUUGUUAAACUUAAUUAUGUACAAUUUGAAAAAGAACGUUUACAACAACAACAACAACAACAACAGGAUUUAUCAUCUAUUGAAUGUGAAUAUUUUGAUUUAAUAACUAAACGUUGGAUACCAUGUUUAUGGAUAUAUGAAAAACAAAAUCUUCAAAUUCAUCGAAUAUCAAAUGAUAAAUCUAUGAAAUCAAAAUCACGUUUUACAAAUUCUUCAUCACCAAAUAAUUUUUCUCGAAAAGAAUUAACAUUAAAAUCAAAUAUAAUAUCAUCAGAACAACAAACACAAAUAUAUUCAUGGCAUAUUCAAGAUUUAUAUUUUUAUAUUGGUGCUGAUCGUCGUAUUGUUAAUCCAUUUGAUAUGAAUGAAUAUCGUACAUUAACUAUAUUACAUAUAGAUUCAAUAAAUGAAUUAACAUUUGGUAAUGCAUUUCGUUUUCAUGAUCGUCAUCAAAUGUUUGCUUGGUAUUUGGAAUUAGUAAAAAUUAAUGGACAUGAUCAAUGGACAAGACAAGCAGCUCAUACAAUACCUGAUGGUGUUAAUUAUUUACCAUUACAAAAUUAUCAUACACCAUCAACAUCAUCAAUAUCAUCAAGAAAAAAAUCUGAGCAAAUAAAAACAAAAUUAAUUGCUAAAUCAACUCUUGUUGCUUCAAGUUUAGGAAAACAAUUACGAAAAUAA